ACUGCUACUUAGCGCUCAACUCGCCACCAAAUUCACUUUGCAAGAACAUGAGUACGGGCACGAACAACUCCUCUACGACUCCAAAGUUUUUCCAUCAUGUGAUUCAAAGUCCCGAGCGGGACAAUGCUUUCCAUGCUGUAGCAGCUCCCAGUGAAUACCUCAAAGCGAAGCGGAAAGAAUUCCGCGUACAGUGUACGCAGUGUCAAGCGAUAUUGGAGAAACCUCAGACAUGCAAAAAGUGCAAGAGUGUCUGGUAUUGCUCGAAAGAGUGCCAAAAGACAAACUGGCCCACCCACAAACUGACAUGCCAAGAAGUCGAACGCUCUUCGGGGGUACUUAAAAUCAUCCAGAUGUUCCAGGCAAACCCAUUGCUCAUGGGGUACCUCGAAGUUGGUAUCAUCUUUGAGUGUGGCCUACUCGAUAAUCCCCGGAUGGGAUUAGACGUCCCGUUCAUGGCACGUGUUCAUAUUGCCAUCGAGCCGAGUGACAUUCUUGACUUUGUCGGAUUGUAUCUCAAUAACAAUACCGUCGGGGAGAAGCUGAAAGGGAUGGUGCAAGUCAAUGCCAUCACUCCAUUGCAUGGCCCCCUUCCGCUGGUGCGACUACGCAAAUGGCGCGACUUUCGAGCACAGUGCAACGUAUCAGAGAGUUCUGCCAAAGAUCCUGUUGGACUCAUAGAGUUCGUCGGCUGUACCGAGGGCUCAGAUAAUUCAGUGAUCUCUGAGUUGUACAUCGCGCCUAUUGUCCUUGACAUGGCGAGGAAACGCGAGCCCUUCGUAACUGUGAAUACUGCCACGGGCACUCAGCUCAAGACACCCAUGAGCACGACAUCAUGUCUGCAGUUCAUCAACAUGCAUAUUCGGGAGGAUAAGAAGAAUCAGUUGUGUUUACGGGCUGAGAUGACAGCGCAAGGCAAGGAAGUUAUUCGCGCUGCAGGUCGCAAAGAGGACGCACUUCCCGCCGCUCGUAUUCUCAAAGAGAAGAUGCAGAGGGAACGCAUCUAUGCCAAUCUAUUGCAAUGGACACACUAGACAGUCCAUAGAAGGAACGGAAAUACUGGCACAAGCAAUCAGUGGAGCCUUCUCUCCCCUGCCGCGACCUUCAAGUUAGCCUUGGACUAUGCUUCGUCACAUCGAUGGGACCUUACUUGUGUUGGAUCUGCUGAAACGUUUUGAAGGUGUUUGUAACUCUCUGCUGUAAGUACAAUGUCUCUUGAAUGGGUCGCUGUUAGAAGGCUUAUACUUAUCGACACGUGAUUUCUUUACUCAACAAUACCUUGAUAGACCCGAGGUUUGUGAAAGGUAC